AUGGGGAAUCAGAGGGGUUUGAGUUUGGGGCUCCUUCUCUUUUUAGUAAUUAUUUUUUUGGUUGAAGCCACAUAUACUUGUUUGGGUGUUGGAAAUACCACUGUCCUUCUCCAUGAGCAAGAGAGACUUGCUCUUCUCAAGUUCAAACAUAGCGUUGAAGAUUCUUCUGGAAUGUUGUCAUCAUGGGUAGGAAAUGACUGUUGCAUGUGGGAAGGAAUCCAGUGUGACAGCAUCACCGGAGCAGUUGAAAGCCUUCAUCUCAGAGGAGACACCGAAUUUCUUGAUUUUCAAAACGAAAAAUUAGUUCAUGAAGUCUACUUUAGUGGUUAUGGUACAUUCUACCGAGUUCGUGAUGGCUGCUACUUAGUUGGUAAUGAGGUGGGCUCUUCAUUGGCAGAGUUGAGGCAUCUCAAGUACUUGGACUUAAGUGGGAAUUAUUUUCAAGGAAGCCAGAUCCCUGAGUUCAUUGGAUCCUUGAAACAACUGAUCUACCUCAAUCUCUCUAAUGCUGAUUUUCAAGGUAUCAUUCCUCCUCAUAUUGGAAAUCUUUCUAAUUUAAAGGUUCUUGAUCUCAGAUGGAAUGAGCUGUUGGCAUAUGAUAUGGCAUGGACUUCUGGCCUUUCAUCACUCGAGCAUCUCGACUUGAGUUUUGUAGAUCUUGUCAGAGCACAAAACAGGGACAUGUUGAUAUACAUAAAUCCUUCAUUAAAAGUGUUAAGUUUGUCAGCAUGUGGACUCUCCAAUGCUGAUCUUGCUCCUUUUCUUAAUUCUAGUAGAAUACUUCCUAACAUAAAGCACCUGGAUCUUAGCUUUAAUUAUUUUGAAGGUCCAUUCCCUGUAUUUUUUCAAAACAUGACAUCCCUUUCAUUCUUGGAUCUUUCAGGCUUUGAUCUUAGUUUCUCAUGGAACUUUUCAAACUUGCUAAACAUUAUCCCUUCUUUAUCAGAGCUGCAUUUGUCAAAUUGCAGGCUCAAUAACUCGCAUCUAUCCCCCCAUCAUCUUAAUUUCAGUACCCUUUCUAACAUCCAACACCUGGAUCUUAGCGAAAAUUCAAUUGAAGGCAUAUUUCCAUCUGCUUUAACAAACAUGAGUUCCUUAAGAGUCCUUGACCUUUCAGAAAACCGGCUAAAUUCAUCGGUUCCUUUUAUGCCUAACCUUCUAGAGAUUGAUCUUUCUGAAAACUCGUUUCAGCAGAUCGAGCAUGUUGGAAUCUGGAGACAAUGUCACUUAAAAGAACUCCGUGUGUCAUUCAAUGAUUUCAAUAUAGAAAUGCUUGACUCAACAACAAACAUAUCAGAAUGCUCCCAAUAUGCUUUGGAGAGGUUGGAUUUGCAUGGGACUUUGAAUGGUACAAUUCCAGAAUCACUUGGAAGACUAGCCAAUCUAAGAGGCUUAGAUCUUUCGGAUAGCAGAUUGACAGGUCCAAUUCCUGAAUCUCUUGGAAGAUUAAGAUUUUUACAAGUAUUAGACCUAUCUAAUAACCAGUUAACCGGUCCCCUUCCGACAUUCCUUGGGAAUCUUACCAAACUUGACCUUUCUUUUAACCAAUUGAAUGGUUCGAUUCCAGAAUCCUUUGGAAAAUUGGCAGCUUUAACAUAUUUGUAUCUAGAAUUCAAUCUCAUAACAGGCCCCAUCCCAGCAUCUCUAGGUAGACUUGUUUCAUUACAAGCAGUUUCGUUGUAUUCAAAUUUGUUAAAUGGGACUAUUCCACUUUCCAUUGGGCAACUUGCCAAACUCCGUUCCCUAGAUAUCUCCAACAAUUCUUUAGAAGGAGUAGUUUUUGAAGCCCAUUUUGCUAACCUUUCCAUGUUGAAGCACUUGGAUACCUCUUCUAACACUAAGUUGACAUUCAAUGUUUCACGUGAGUGGAUACCUCCAUUCCAACUGGUAAUUCUUCGACUCAGUUCUUGCAAUAUCAUAAAUGGAUUUCCGCAGUGGCUUCGAAAUCAAAGAAAACUUGGGAUGUUAGUGUUGUCAAAUACUACGAUAUCCGGACCUCUGCCCAUGUGGUUUCAGAAGUUGCCAAUCAUUUCUUUCUUAGAUCUCUCUCACAACAAGCUCGCCGGAUCUUUGACAAACCUUCCGGAUGGAGGAAACCAUCAUGUGUCUGGAUAUGAAUUUUACAAUGCAUUAUUUUUGGAAAAUAACCUUUUCAAUGAGUCGAUUCCAAGGUCAUUGUGCAGAAUGACAUAUUUGGAAUAUCUUGAUAUUUCACGAAAUAGGUUAACAGGGAACAUUCCCAAGUGUCUUGAGAAUCUGCAACACUUGCUUACCAUGAGAUUGAGCUCAAAUCGGUUGUCCGGUGUCAUUCCAACCUCUGUAGCUCUCAAUUUUUCAUCGUUGAUUCGGUUAAAACUGAAUGACAAUAACUUUAUUGGCGAACUUCCUCGAGAAUUUGCGAAUUUACAAAAGUUAACAGUUUUAGAUCUGGGCGAGAAUAAGUUAUCUGGAAAUAUACCCGAAUGGGUUGGAGAAAAACUUAUAUCUCUAAUAGUAUUCAGGUUACACAAAAAUAACUUCACGGGAAGAAUUCCUCUAUCUUUGUGUAAAAUAUCAUAUCUUCAAAUUUUGGAUAUUUCAUACAACAACUUAACAGGAACCAUUCCCCAUUGUCUAGGGGAGUUGAAUGCCAUGGUUAGAAGUAGCCCAAUACAUUCGAAUAACGCCACUCUUGAUGCUGAUGAGAAUGUGGUUCAGGGAAUGAAAGGUUUUGAUCUUGAAUACACAACAACAUGGGAUAUAGUUUUUAAUGUGGAUCUUUCAAGCAAUAAACUUUCCGGAGAAAUACCGGUUGAGCUAACUGCACUUUCUAUGUUGGUGGGUCUCAAUUUGUCGAAUAAUCAUCUCAGUGGGAGUAUUCCAGACAGCAUUGGAAACAUGACUUCAUUAUUUUCUCUCGAUUUAUCUAAAAAUGAGUUGAUUGGGAUGAUACCUCCAAGCAUUGCAGCUUUGAACUUUUUGAGCCAUUUGAAUUUGUCACACAACAACUUGUCAGGACGAAUUCCAACCGGAAAUCAGUUGCAGACUCUUAUUGAUCCAUCAAUAUAUGUUGGGAACAAAGAUUUAUGUGGACCUCCAUUGAUGACGAAUUGCUCAAAUCAUGAAGACUCGAUAACAACAAUCAAGAAGAGAUACGAUGCAGGUGAUGAGUCACCGAUGGUGUGGUUUUACGUGGACAUAAUGAGUGGUUUUGUGACAGGGUUUUGGGGUGUUAUUGGAGUUCUGUUAUUCAAGAAGGAGUGGAGAUGGAAGCUUUUCAGGUUUGCUGAAGAAACCAUGGACAAGAGUGCAGUCGUGAUAAGAGUUGCCAAGAGGAAGAGCGGAAGAGAAGCCGCAUAG